UCUGACUUUUCUAGUCACUUCUCCUACUUCUCCUACUAUUCUCACAUCAGCUCCGACGCCCUGUUAACGACCUUCAGACGAUGCAGUUCAAACUUUCCGCUCUUCUCACAUUCAUUGCUGCUACUGCGGUCAAUGCCGCCCCUGCAGUGCAUAGUAGGAACGUCCUUGACGUUUGGAGCCCAAGGAUUAUCUCCCCCGACGCCACCACUGUCUGGGUUACCGGUUCGAUCGUCAAUGUCACCUGGGAUACCUCAGAUGCCCCGGUGCUCAUUUCCAAUGGUGCUGGUAUCACUUUGAACAAAGACGACCGGAUUGGGAGCGAGGGCUUUCUCAAAGAAUUCAACAGCUUCAGCCUCCUUGAUGGUUUUGCGGAAGUCUCUGUGCCCGACGUUUAUCCUGGACAUGACUAUUCCAUCACUUUGUUUGGCGAUUCUGGAAACAACAGCCCUCACUUCCAGAUCUCGGCGGCCUGAAUUGAGUUCUAGCACAUUCGGAUCCAAUAUGGACCUUGGUCUUUUUGUGAUGAUGAUUUACGGACUUCUUACGGCGGACUUUUAUGAGAAUUAUGAUAGUUUCUGCUGACAUAUCAUUAAAUAUCUACUGGUCGAAAAAGCGUGGAGAUCAGAGCACCUUCACCCCUGGGCGUUCCUGCCAACAGGC